UCAUUUAAAAUGGAAUCUGAACUGAUAACAACUCUCGAUAAUAUAGCAAAUAGAGAAGGAGUAAAAGGAGUAUUAGUGGCAGAUGAAAGAGGAUUUUGUUUAGGAGCAAGAGGAUUAGCAAAACCAGAGUCAGCAGCUUUUAUUACAUCAAUUGCUAAUACAGCACGUAAUCUUGAUAAUAUUCAAGAAGAUAAAGCAGAAUGCCCCACAAUAAACAUUGAAUACGAAAAUAGUCAAGUUAUUAUUCGUAAUGAAGGAACAUUUACUUUAGCUAUCUUUAUGUAAUUUUUAACUAUUAAAAAGGCAGU